AUGCCGAAGAAGCUGGUGAAAAGGAUAUGCAACUUGGAUGAUUCACUACCAAUGUGCGCUUGGAAGGUAACUUUCAACCUAUAUUUACAAAAAAAAUUCUUAAUCUUUUUUUUGUAAUUCACUUGAUUCAAAUAAAAUCGCUUCAAACUUCAAAACGUGAAUCACUGUUGUGGUAUAUAUUAAAAGUUACCAGGUUUUUUGAAGAAAAUAGGAAGCUUUUGUGAAAUAGUUUUCUAAUUAUGGUUUCCUGUCAGUUCAAAAUCCCUUGUUGGGCAAAGUCGCCGUCAAAAUAAGAGAUUUUUAGUGAUUUGUUUUUCGUCUUACAGCGACACGUACCUUUUAUGGGCAGCGAAGUGUUCUCAAAAUGGAACAUUUGUCGGGAUCACCCCGAACUCAACUUGUGCCGAUUGAAUCUCGGCGGUCUUAUCGCCAUUAACCCCAGUACAAAACAACCGGAAUUGCCUUCUGACUCAUCUGAAAACCUGUUGACUCCAAAGGCAAAAGUACGUGUGUCGCUUGCAAAUUGAAGAACGAAACGAAGACAAACGAAUCGAUUCAGAAUGUACCAGAACUGAUCCUGUCCUCUAAAUGGAGCAAUCAACAUGCCAUGGAAACGACGUUGCAAAAAGAGCUUAACGAGGAAGGAGCGAGCGAAGAAACGGUUCCAAUUAUUGUCAUAAUUAUAAUAGAAAGAGAAGCGAGAAAAAAUAACUUCAAUGAUUUAUAUAUUGAAGGUAUCUAACGAGCUCGAUGAUGACGGUGAACGAGAAGGAAGUGGAGAAAAAAUUAACGUUCAAAAUCCAAAAGAGACUGAAAUCACAGCCGACAAGCCGUUAUCGUCUCUUUGAACACAAAUUCGCGUAACAGAUAUUUGUACAAAUUUAGAAAACUUCAACAAAGCAAAAUCAAGCGGGCUCAUAUCUGUACAUAAAUUGAAAACUUCCCAGCUUCUAAUAAACGGUUUUAAGUCUUUUGUGCUGGUUUUUUAAAUAAGUACUUCACGCGGUGAUAAAAAAACUUCUGAUAAAGCAAGUCCUCACUCUAAAUGAUAUUAAAUAAUACUCAAAACAGAGAACAUUAUCCAAAAAAGCAUUAAAAAUAAAAAAAAAUGAAAAAACAAAUUAAUUUUUUUCGAAAAAAAUCCGACAACGCGGAAAAGAUGGACCACGGCUAAGACGUUGUGCGGAAUAUUGUUUUUUUUUCUUUUCUUCUGGAAAAUGACAUCAUAGAUGACGUCAGUUGACAUCAUUCUGUUUUUGUAAACAACUUUCCUAUAAAAGCCAUGAAUUUCCAACGGCUACAACUCAGUAUUUAUCUGAAAUCUACGCAACAACUUCUGCAACAAUCAUGACUGAUGUGAGUUUGUUUUGUAAAUAAUUAUAUUUGCCAUGGGAAAAAUUUUUUUUCAAAGAGUAGGCUCAAAACUUCUAUUAUUUCGAAAACUCAAGAUGAUACUUUUUUAUUACUGAAAUAAGUUCCAUUUUCUGCAUUUUCAUCAGAAAAGUGCAAUUAAGAACUUCUUCAGUCUGAAUUUGAUUGCAUUGAUUUGCCACUUUAGUCGAAAGUAAUCAAAAAUUGAUAUGGAGACUAACUGGAAACCCUAGGAGUGAAAGGCUGUAUAAAAUUUUUUUGAAUGAAUAAUCAGAAAAGCCCCAUCUUAAUCAGAUUAAUUACCAAAUUUCAUUGUACAAGUUGAAUAUUCAGAACAAAGGCAUCAUCGAAAAGACCAUGGAGCUCGUUUCUGAGGCCGGCCACGCGACGAUGGAAAUGGCAUCUGAAGCAGGCCACAAGAUCAUGGAAACGUACCACAACGUUGCCGAUUCUCGCGCCGAAGAUCGGGCCGCCGAUAAAAUUAAGGAUGCCACUGACAGUGCAGCCGACAAGGUAAUUUUUUCCCUAAUGAAGUUGUAAAAAUGAAGUGGAUUUAAGGUGAAAGACGUUCGCGACAGCGUCAAUGAAAAUUGGGAAAAGGCGAAAGAACACGGCCAGGACGCUAGGAAUGACGCCGAGUGGGAGUACUACUCCACCAAGAGGGACAUAAAGAACAAGGUUUUGAUUAUCUUCUUUGUUGUAACUUCUAUCUCGGAUUCUUGAAUUCCCUUUUAUUGGAAUUUUCUGGAAAAAACGAUGAUAAAAAAGUUAGGGAAAUCAUUUUUAUUAGGCAUGAAUAAAUCUUCAAUUUAAGUCGGAAAAAAAUCGAAAAAUUACCAAAAAUUAAAAAAAACCAAAAUGGGUUCAAAACCAACUGAAAAAUUAUUUCUAGCGACUUUCUCCCGACUUUAAAAUUUUAAGGGCGGACCUAAUAAUUUCAAUUUUAGGCCGAGGACGUCAAGGAAGAUGCUGAAGACCGUGUUGAAAGCUUCAAAAAGAGUGCGAAGGACACGAAGGACAACAUCGUUGACCGGCUCGGAGACGUUAAGGAUGACAUAGCCGACAAAAUCGUAGGUGCUAAAGAAGCCGUCAAGGACAAGGUGAUCAAACAAUUUUUUUUUUAAUUUAUCAAAUAUUUUCAGGCUUCGGACAUCAAGGAGGGCGCCAGCGACGCUUGGGAGAAGGUCAAGGACAACACUGAGCAGGCGAAACGCGACGCCGAAAAACGGGCCGAGCACCUGAAAUGCUCAAUGAAGCAAAAGGUAGCCAAAAUUUAUCAUUAAAUGUUUUUAGUAAUACUUUCAGGGCAAACAGGCCCGAGAAAGUGCUGCCGACCGUGUCCAUGAAGUCGCCUACGAAAUUGAAGGACACUAA